AAAAUACAAACAUUUCCUAGAAAAGCACAAGACCUGACAUAGGACGCAACCAAAGUUUUCAUUUUCUGUCUACGUAAUUAAGCAAUGUUAAACAGGCCACUUUCAAAUACCAACUUAGGAAUCCUUCAAAUAAAACCUAAAGAUCAACAUACAGGACUUAGACAGUUAAAUUGAUGUGCGCAUCACCAACAGCAUCAAGUCAAAUGGCAAUGUUUCAAGCAUGAAACUGCAUUUUCUGACGAAAUAGUGCUAUCAUUAGUAGUGUGGUUUAUUUCUGUUGGAAAAAGAGGAGGAAAUUAAUUUCCUUUUUCAAAUGAGGCUUUCAGUAAGAAACCCAUCUUACCGAUAGAUAUCUACUCCGGGACAUCAUUUUGACGUAUUUUAUGUAUGUAUGUAUAUUUUGAUGUAUUUAUUCAAACAUAAAAACAGCGGUCAAUGUUCAAUUGUAUUGAAUCCACAUGAAUGUACACCUUUUUACAAAGCUUAUUACAUUCUUGCAGGGGGUGAAAUAUGAAAAAAGAUGUGUUUACCAUCAUGAUAAAUAUAUUUCUUUUUCAAAAAUAUAUACCCUUGAUGAAAUGUAUGUACGUCUUAGGACACAGUACAGUUUGCAAAUUUCACUAUGGCCGUGCUUGUUUUUAGCCUGAGUAUUUUUAAAAUCACCUUCCUGAAUACAUCACCUGUUUAAUGAUAAGUGUUCAUAAACAUGACAUCAAUUUCAUUUAAAUGUAUCCUGUGAGUUGGUGAACCAAUAUGCAAAGAAUCCAUAUUGCUCACCAAAUCCAAAUUUAGAAUCUCUGUGACGUCAUCCCCAUGCUCCAGGGUGACACACAGUGGUACAUUUUGGCACUGACUGGAAUAUUCAGGAACUGCAUGGAACUUCAAGAGGCAGUAUAAAGCAGUGAGAGCUCACCGUGCUGAAACCAAACAGACAAAUCCAAGGCUACGCUACGAGUAGCAGACACAGCAAGAACUCCCGACUCUCACUGAAGAUGUUGAGCCUUCACGGAUUCCAGCUCUCCCUCAGCCCCUUUGUGGACUUCUACUGGCCCGUCCGCAGUAUCUGGCCUCAGGUCCGACCUCUGGACAUUCACACAGAUCUUAUGCUGAGAAACAUGGAAGGUAUGCCAAGCAGUCUGGAGCUCCUGAAGAAUCUUCAGCACCACAUCUUCCAGGAGAUUGACCAAAUCCCAGCUUCAGAGGAGCUUCAUCCACUUCCUUGGAACCUUGAGAAGAAGGGAGAUGGUUUUGCUCUGACGCUGGACACUAAAGACUUUUCUCCUGAAGAGCUGUCAGUCAAACAGGUGGGCAACAAGCUACAAGUGAGCGGCAAAUCUGAGAAGAGACACGAAGAUGGAAAAGGCUCCUACUCCUACAGGGUCCAGGCCUUCAGGAGGGAGUUUGAUCUCCCAGAAGGGGUGACUCCUGAGGCUGUGACCUGCAGUUUAGCAGAGGGAAAGCUUCACAUUGAAGCACCAGGAAAACAGACGCCUUCCAUCUCUGAGAGGGUAGUGCCCAUCAACUGCAAAACAGCGGAUUCCACAGAACAGUUGGAGAAGAUGACAAAAGAGGACAACGCCACCGAUGCAGACGAGAUGAAGCAGUAAAAAAACUGCUGAAAAUGGACUUAUUUCCAUACUUGAUUAAAAAAGCUGGACUUUUGAAAUGUUAUUCAAUUUCUUAUUCUGACUGCAUAAGGCUAAAUGCACUGAAUCUUUUUUUUAUAUAAUAUAAACAAUCAAUUUGUAUAAUCCCCCCCCUUUUUUUCAACAAAUAAAUGUUUUGAUGAUGUUAAUUCAUGCAAUAUAAUAAACCUGUUUAUACUGAACAACAA